UGGUGGGGAGGGGGAGCGGUCAGUCAGCUGGUGUCUGACUGGGGGCCCAAGGCAGUUGCAAGCCACACUGACCCACUCCCAACGCCAGUGUCUUGCCAGGUGUUGCGGAAGGAGGAUGUGCUUACGUAGGCUCUCCUCCUCAGCGGACUGUACUUCGCCUUAUAGCUACGCCCAUUUUGGACUCUUGUAGUGACCUCCCAACUCCGUGCCAUUACCCAGGAGGCAUUUUUAUCAACAGCCGAGUUCAACUUUCAUCUGUCUAGUCACGUCGUGGUUAAGGAAGCAACAGGUUUCGAUCCUCUUCCCAGCCCCGCCCUCCUCCAGCAUAACCCUGAGAAGCACAAAAGAAAGAGAGAAUAAGCAUCAACGAAAACAGUGAUUAAAAAGGAAAAUAAUAACAGCAACAAUAACAAUAACAAUCACGUUUAAAUUUCUUCCUAUUCACCACCUAAACGAUUUGCCAUGCUAAUAGAUAAGUAAAUAUACAGUUAAGCAAGUAAGCAAAUAAGUAAAUAUAUGAAAAGAUAAAGAAAGAAUAAGUAAAAGGAAGGAAAAUGGAACAGACGUAGCCUAGCCUAAUCUUACGAAAAACGAAGAAAACAAAACUGUGUGCAAAAAUGUGAUCGAAACAAACUAGUGCCAAGUGGAUGAAGUGGAAUAGACAGAAAAUAACGAACUGUCCAUGUGUGAAGUGUAAUAAGUGAACAAAAGACGAACAAGAGGGCGCCAUGGGAGGGGGCGGAAGAGGCAGAGGAGGAGAAGGGUCAUCGCGGCGUGUGGUGUUGGCAACAGUGAUGGCGUGCUGUAUAGGGUCGGCGGCGGGGUUUUGCGUGCUGGACAACAAGAAGGGCUGGCACGUCAAGUGUGGCGUGAGGGACUCCUACCUCUUCAGACUCAAGGACUACGGGGGAGUCAACGCUAACUUCGACUUCAGUUUCGGCCUCGGUGACGAAGCUGGAUUCCCGUUUUCUAUAAAGAACACAAAGGGCGGACAAAACUACUACAGGAGAAAGGACAGCACCGCCAGGAGUUCGGCCGGAGAAGAAGGGGAAGGAGGAGGAGGAGGAGGGUCACGGUUGCGUCCUUCCCUGAGCCUCCUUCCGCCACCCUCAGGCCAGACCUCACAAGAACGGUCAUCAUCCAUUGGUCAUCCAUCAUCUGAAAGAAGCGCUUCCAUUGGUCCACCGAUGCCAACAACAGACGGUCGCUUCGUCCCUUCAUCCACUGAGAGAGGCGCUGUGAUUGGGUCCUCGUCCAAUGCAAGAAGCCCCGCCAUUGGUCCCCAGUACACCAGGUCACAGAAGAGCGGGUCAUCGUCACCGGGGGGAAGGUCAUGGUCGUGGUGGCCCUCAAGGAGACGAUCUGGGGCUCCGGGAAGACAACCAUCCUCAUCGUCGUCUUCGUCAUUCUUCAGCCGCCUGUUCUCGUGGCUGCCGUGGCCGUUCGGUGAGGGCUCUUGGUUUUCCGGAGGCUCUUCGCGCGCUGACUCCCGAAACUCACACUUCAGGGUCAUACAAGAACAAUCUGACAACCACCUCCGCUUCAAUGGUCCUCAGUCUUUCGGGUCAAACUCCUUCAACUCCCCUUCCAACAGAUUUAACCCCAAUAGCUUCAAUUCUCCCAACAACUUCAAUCCCAACGGCUUCAACCCCUACGGCUUUGACCCCUUCCAGUUUGACCCCUUGAACCCCUACGCCCCCAUACCGUCCUUCCCGCAGCCGCCACCGCCUUUGCCGCCGUCGUCUUCAAGUGGACAUCCGCUGCCAACGGUCGGGUCUGCCAUUGGGGAUGUACUAAAGGUGGCCCCAAACACCCCGGCAGACACAGACCACGUCCCCUCCUUUGCCGCCAAGAUGUUCGUGGUGAGGGAGGCGCCGCAGGAGUACUAUCCCCCCGGCUACAAACCCACUGAGCCCCUGCAGCGCACGCCCCCCACCGUGGAAGUCCCUCGCACCAAGUUCUUCUGCGAGGAGCAACGCUACCUGCCGGGGCUGUACGCGGACACUCAGCUGGGGUGCAAGGUUUUCCACAUGUGCCUUCCAGCCGCAGUAGGCAACACGCAAACCAGCUUCCUCUGCCCCAACAUGACGCUCUUCGACCAGUCCAUCCUGCAAUGCAACUGGUGGUACUACGUCCGCUGUGAAGACUCCCCCCAGAACUACGACGCCAACCUCCCUCUUGCCAUAAGCUACAGGAGGGUGAACGCCGCCCAGCUCCCGCUAACGGCAGUCGGCGACUACAACUCACUCGCCCUCCUCGACGUUUCUGCCAGAUCAGCGAGAAACCUGUUGAAGGAGGGGGAUGGCGCCGUAGGGAGAAUGGGUCUUGCAGCUCAGAGUGAAAAGGAGGUGGGUGAGGAGAAGAAUGCCGCACUUGCAAUACCAAACGUGAAGGAGAAUCAGGAAAAACAAGAGCAAGGUGUGAAAGCGAGUGAUGACAGUGAUAAGGAUACGCCAGAGAUGAGAAAGGAAGAGAAGGAGGUUGAAAAGGAGGGUGAGAAAGAGAAAGAUGAAGAUGUUAAUGGAAAAGAGAAACAACAGGAAGUGGCGAGGUCCCCAUCGUCCGAAGUGGAAACUGAAAACGUAAAUAAGAUGAAUGUAAGAAUUCUUCGCGUAAACAAACUGGAGGAAGAAAACGAAGAAGAGAAAGUUGAGGAUAUAAAAGUGGACAAAGAAAUAAAUAGUAGAGUUCGGAAAAGGAGAAGUGUUGAGCCAAUUUUCUCCAACACGCGACAUUUUUCCUCCCCUCUCUUAUCACGACUACACAGAAGGAAUCCGAUGCCAUAAUAGCUACUUCAAUACCUUCUUGGACUCUUGCCAUGUUCUUGCUCACCUUUCCUCUUCCUCCUGCUCCUCCUUCACCUUAACACUCCUUUAUUGCAAGAAAUCAAAGUCGUCGAGAGAGCGAGAGAGAAAAAAAAACUCAAGUGAAUGUGCAGAGGAGUUUACGUGUAAGUGAAAGAUGGUGUGCGCUUUGUAUUAUCAUUAUUAUUAUUAUUACUUUAUUUUUUAGUAGUACGUUAAGCGUCGAUACUCAGUGGUAUUAUAUACGUCCAAGUGUCCGUCCACGUAAUGAAAGUAAUUUGUCUCCAUAUUUAAGUUUUCUCGAUUUUUUAUUUAUUUAUUUAUUUAUUUAUUUUUUCAGACGCGUUGAUCGCAGCUGUGAACUAUUUUUUCGUUAUCGUUUUGUUAAGUGUUGAAGAAUGAAUGUGUAGUAUAUGUGCUUGAAUCAAACAUCGAAGUUAUUUAUUCUAAGACUGAGUGGCUAUGUGACAGGGUAUUCAUGCAGUUUACUUGACUUCCGUCCCUGGUAAUGCGAGUUUGUUGGUGAAGAGACCACGUCAAGACUCAUCUAGAUUUUAAAAGGGUAGCAUUGGGAGAGACUAAUGUCCAUAUUCUCAAACAUUUCAGGGCUUACACCUCCAUAUUUGAUAAAGCUAUUGUAGAGAUUGUGGGUAUUUCCAUGAGUAGUUUUUUGAGCCUCGUGAUGGUUUGACAAGGAUUCUGCACAUCGAAUGUGAAAAACACCCAUAAGAACCUAACUAAUCUUUGUGGCCUUUGCAAAUAUUUGGUGUGAAAACCGAAAGGGUCUGAAAAUACGGGCGUAAUUAAGGCCUCUCAUAACCCUGAAGAUGUGUGCGUGGUCUUGAUGAUCUGAAUCGGGGAUUAUUUAGUCUCCUUUAUAUUUAAAUACUACCUACGUGCAGCUGUGUUGAUCGCAGCUGUUAACAUGUAAUAUAUUGUUAUUUGUUAGGUUUUUUUUUUUAGCUAAUACGUGUCUGAAAUGUAUAUCGUUAAGUGUAUGUUGAAAUUACACUAUGUCAGAUGUAUGCGAGUUGUAAAUAAACUUAUACGAAUGUUA